UGCCAGGGGCAAAGUGUUAGAUCAUGCACGUUAAUGAGCAUCAAACGACACUAAACGUCGGUCACAUUUAGGUUCGGUGGCACUGAAGUAAAAGCGGAUCCUUUGGAUUAGACGCGUCCUGUUUGCGCGCUGCGUUCGCUGGCGGCCGGAGACGCACUUUUGUGGAAAAAUGAGGUCGACAAGCGUCGUUUUAGUCGUCGUAGUGUGCUCAUUUAGCGCUUAUUAUAUUUAUGAGCCCAUUCCUGAGAACAUUGAGCAGCGAUGGAAACUCAUGUUGACCAACACGUUCUUCAGAAGUCUCAGCCACCUGGCAGACUUCAGUGAAUUAAUGGGUCUAAAGGACUACAUGGGGGUUAUGUACUUCAUUACCAUGGCUGAAAAGGUCGUACCAGUGUCAGACCAGCAUGUCAAAGUGUCCGAGGAAUUAUUUGAUGGAGUGGAAGUGGUGACGUAUCAGCCAAAGCAGCAUGGCAGUGACGGUGACCUUCGAAGUGCCAUUAUUUACCUGCAUGGUGGAGGAUGGUGUCUGGGCAGCUCACGAAUGGGUCCAUAUGAUCUUCUGGCCAGAGAAAUGGCCACAAAGCUAAAUGCAGUGGUGCUUGCUGUUGAGUACCGCCUUGCACCUCCUCAUCAUUUUCCUGUACCAUUUGAGGAUGUUUACCGUGUGGUCAAACACUUUCUCCAGAAAGGGAUGCUGGCCAAGUACUCUGUAGAUCCAGGACGAAUUGCUAUUUCUGGGAACAGUGCUGGAGGAAACUUGGCAGCUGCAGUGACCCAGCAGUUGCAGAAACAACCUGGGCUCGAGAUUCAGUUGAAGGCUCAAGCACUCAUCUACCCGGCGCUACAGGCUUUAGACCUCAACACACCUUCAUACCAACAGAACCAUAACAUGCCCAUUCUAACACGCACCCUCAUGGUGCGUUUCUGGAGUGAGUACUUUACCAAUGACAAGGCCCUUUUCAGAGCCAUGAUGACCAACACCCACAAUAGUUUGGAGUCUUCCAGCCUCCUAAAGUUUGUUAACUGGAGCACCUUCCUGCCGGAGUCUUUCCACGGGAAUUACAACUACAACGCCCCAGCUGUGGUACAAGGAGUGGGAGGGGAAACAGUUGCAAAGGGUGGGCAUUCUAUUACUGAUCCAAGGGCAUCACCCUUACUGGUCCCAGACACUGUAUUACAUUCUCUACCCAAAGCCUACAUUGUGACUUGUGAGUAUGAUGUUCUUCGAGAUGAUGGGAUCAUGUACGUCACACGUCUCCGUGCUGCUGGAGUUGAUGUGACACACGAACACUAUGAAAGUGGAUUCCAUGGUGCACUGUUGCUCAUUGUGUGGCCAACUGACUUCCUGAUUGCACGGCGCAUGAUAGACAACUACAUCAAAUGGCUCAAGGAAAAUUUAUAGAAAAACAGAAAAAAACUGACUGUUAAUAUGCAUUCCAGUUUUUUUCACAGACAGCACCAUGGUUUGUUUGGAUACCCUCAUUUGAUUAUAAAAUUUAUGUUAAUAUUCUUUGGUAAUGCUGUCUUUUGUGAAUCAAGAUCAUAUCUUUACCCAAUUCAUUGAUUAUGGCAAAUUAGCAAUUUUGGAUGUCAUUAUGAAUGAAGCUUUUGAAGGAGUAGUUAAGAUUUUUCAUGCAAGAUGGAGAUGAGCUCAACCAAACAUCAGAACCUCUGCUCAAAAGAUGGUAUACAGUGGUGUGUUAUUUUAAAAUGCACAAAUAUUCUGUAAUUCCAAAUGUGGAAGAAAAUGCAAACGAGAGAAUUACACAAAUAUAUUGUCUU